AUGGAUUUUGUUGGGUUUGAGGUGUUUUGGGUGUUUGAGGUUUCUGGGGGUUGGAGUUGUGUUGAGGGUGAUGGAGAGGUAGGUGGAGAUGAGGAUGAUGGAGAUGGAGGUCGAGGUCGAGAUGUUGGUAUAGACUCUUUGAUUGUAAAGGAGCCAGUUGUGGAAGUAGCUAUUGAUUUCAUAUGUAUGUAUCCCAUCUUCCAAAGCCGUAUGAAUAAUUUCGAAUUUCGUUUCUGCGUUCUCAUUAUCAUUAUGAUUCUUCCCCUUUUCUUGCAAAGAACAAUUGGCAAAAAUAAUCGAGUCGAUUGGGAAAAAGUUUUGGAGGAGAGUGCGGGAGGUGGUGAAGGUUAG